ACUCCAGUCUCAGUGUGGGAGGUUUAUCACGAGGUUUAUCCUACAGACACGCCUUCUCCUCCCAGACACACCUACCCUGCCCUACACGCCCACAUUUAUUACUCAGGUCUUUUAUUGUUUCAACCUGAUAUGGAGUAGAACUAUUUAAGCUUGCAGAAUUCAUAGUUUGAAACAUCAAAGGUCUACGACAUCGGAUUGGAAAGGAAUAAUCCAAGAUGGCCGCCCCCGCAGCACCAGAACCAGAGAGAGAACUGACGGAGUUGGAAGGACUUCAGCUAAAAUGCAACCAGGUCACAGACGAAUCCUUAGAGAGUACUCGGCGUAUGAUGGACCUAUGCGCAGAGGCCAAGGAUGCCGGGAUCAAGACCCUAGUUGCUCUGGAUGACCAAGGGGAGCAGCUUGAAAAGAUUGAAGGUGGCCUGGACAGUAUCAACGCUGACAUGGGUCUGGCGGAGAAAGCUCUAAAAGCCAUGGACCUAGCCUGCGGUAUCUUCCCUAAGUUCUGGAAGAAAUCUGAAGGAUUUAAGGAAGAUGAUGCCAUCUGGGGCGAGCAGAAGGGCGGAGGAGGCGGAGGUCCUCCGGCUCCAGGAGUUGAUAUUCCUAGCGGGGCAUUCGUUGCUAAAAUCACGAAUGAUGACCGCGAGGCUGAGAUGGAGGAGAACAUGGAGCAGGUGAGCGCUAUGGUUGGAAACCUACGAAACAUGGCCAACGACAUGGGUCAGGAGGUUGAGCGGCAGAACACUCAGCUGGACAGGAUCAAUCUCAAGGCCGGGUCGGACAUUACAAGGGUGAAGAUGGCCAACGACCAGGCCGCAGCGCUGAUGAAGUAAAUUCAGCCAUAUCAAUAUUUCUGCUGUUUCCUCUCUUUUAUGUAAAUGUUACUGAUCUGUGCUAAUCUAUUCGUUAUUUACAGACCUGUAUGAGUGAUUUUAAUGAGAUUUAAUGAAUUCUUGUAUAAAUGUUGAUCUAUGUGUUCAACGUGAAACAACAACGAUGCAACCUGUACUCAUGAAGGUUCUGUUCAAACAUACAAACUGAACAGACACCUGAAGAGGAAAUAAAAAUUACCUAAACUCGGUGAGAGAUGAACACAUGUUUAUGUUUUAGAUUCAUUCUUUUAUGAGAUUUCCCAGUUUUCUAUUCAUUAGAAUAGUGGUUGUUACAAGGCUAUAAUAAAGUUGAUAUUAAUUGAAUUAAUUUUGUAUCUAAUUAAUUUUAUUGAUCAAUUGUCAACUAUUUUACUCCAGUGAUUAUUCUUCCCAUUAUUAACCUUUAUCAUGAUAAAACAAUCAUAUUGAUAAUUUUAUCUUAGUUAAAACUAGCACUUCAACCUUACGUUGAGGAAUUCAGAUUUGUGUAAGACCAGUUCUGUUUGUAAUGCACAUAACACAAACUAAAAAGGCACAUGAUGAAGGAGUCCAAACAAUUGUGAUUUCGUUUUUCGCUGGUUUUCGUUACAAGUGGUUUAAUGGUUGUAAUGGUUCUCUUAAGCUACCCCCUGAGCUUCAAACCAAUAUUAGCUUUCUGAUCUCAUAAACAUUAUCUUUAUCUUCCUUGCUUAAUAACCUUGCAAUUUUAUUUCUGUCAGAGUUUUGUUUUGUCAGAUUUUAGUCUCAAUAUGCUUUUAAUACUUUAUCCCUCUUCAACCAACCAACUAUAUAUGUAGAAACCAUAGAGUACAUAUAGAGUAAGCUCUUGUGGAUAAGACACACAAGAACUAGCUCUAACUGUGCUCUUUGUUAGAAACUAUGCAUUUGUAUCUCUCUUAUAUGAACCGAUUUUUGACUGUAUAGCCACAAUUUUAUUAAUAAAUAUUUAUUGAUUUA